UCCGGUAAUCCGGUAGGGCGUUGUUACAGCCCCGAAAGCAUAAUACGAGCAUGAUGAUGCCGAGAUCCGAUUUUGCCGUACGCGUGGUGCUAUUGAUAAGCCUAAUUUCCCUGGUGUGUGGAAUCAAACCCGAAAGCAGUAAAAGCAGCAGCAGCCACCAUAACAAGCAUAGACCCAAAAGGUAUGAUGAGGACGAGCCUUCAGAACAGGUUUACUAUGUUGACCAAAUAGCAUCUGAUUCUGAGAUUUCUCCCUGGACUUCGAAUCGCAUAUUCGCCAAGACCACCGAAAAUGGUAAACAGUCCCAGUACAUAAUCAACGUUUCCCCGGAAGAUGAAGUCAUCAUCCACCAAGGGGGUGCAACUGAUCGUAACUCCGACCAGGAGCCGGAUCGGGAUCAAUCCCCGCAGGACUUUGUCCAGCAAGCACUUCGAAUGCGAGAGCACUACAUGAAGGGAUCCGGUGCCAAAGCUUCCACUCCGCUUCCGGCCAGCUCAUUUGUCGAGUACACCACGGUCAAGUACGAUCACUUUGGACCAAGCAAGUCACCACUUCCGUCAGCUGCUCCGGGUCACUAUAGCAAACCUGUUCCAUCGAAAGCUCAUCCUCCACAGCCACAGCAGCAGCAGCCAGCACCAUCUGGAUACCAGGCACCGGUCAACUACAGACCAAAGCACAUGAAACCCAAGCCCACCAAGAUUCCGGUAAACACGGUAACCCCAUUCAGUGACAUUGAGCUGCCAGAAGCCGAAGCCACCAGUCCCUACUGGAAGGAUAAACCCAAAGAUCAACCCAAGUCUCCAAAGCAUAAUCCCAUUAAACAACAGGACACUCAAGCUUCGACGCUCUACAUUCAAAAAGUCAAGCCUAUUGAUCCUGUCUACACCAGCUACAAUACCCAUCACGAAACUGGCAGCAGUUUCAAGGAAUACCAGCAAUUACCACAAACUGACUCAAAAGGAUCCAGUUCUGUCUUGAAUGUUCAAAAAGUCAAACCACCAUCCAACCACAGACCCAGCUUCCACCACGAAGACACAAAUGGCUACGUUGAAAAGAAACACAAGCACAAGCACAUUUCCUCCGAAGAAAUCCGUUACAAACCAAAACAUAAGACCCACGACCACCAUCACCAAAUUGAACAAGCAGCUGAAUUCUACCCGGAGAAAAUCCGUCACACUGUCGAACGUCAACCUACCAAACAUCACCAGGCGUCCUCUGCGGAUCAUUUCAAUAAGUACUAUCUACCUCAGGCAUCCGUUAGAGAAGUUAAGCUCGAACCCGAACCGUCACCAUCUGUCGAACCGUACCGAUAUCAACCUCCGAAGAGCUACCCUCCCGAAGAAGCCAACAAGUACAAAUUCCACAAGGAAAUAUCCACCACUGCCGAGCCCUAUAAACCGUAUCACCAUCUAAAGUCCUUCAAUGAAGAAAAGCAUACUAUGAAGGAUGAACCCUAUCGUCAUCAUCCAUCGCCAAGACCACACCACUUCGAGUAUGCCGGCCCCUCACUAAAGCCCCAUCACGUUGAAUACCCUAGUGACAAACCAAAAUACAGCGAACAGUUCUCGAAAGAAGAAAACUACCCGAAGUCUUUUCCAAAACCGCACGUCGUUGAAAUCCCAAAACCCGAACCCUACAAACCAACCCGGCCAAAGGUGGAGGAUGAAGUUAUUAAAAUUGGACCUUCCCUUCCUCCCAAGUACUACGAGGAACCUUCUCCAGCGCCAAGCUACGCCAAGGUCACCACGUACCCGACCCAGGAAUCUUCCAGCUCGCACCAAGUCUACCACCGGGUAAAGGCCCCUCAGCCAGGUGAUCCAUACAAAUUCAAACCUAACCCAAAUCCAGAAAUCUCCAGUGCCAGUCACGGUUUCCAGAAACCCACCGCUCCAAACUAUCCCAAAUACAUCCCUACCAAAAUGCCGGAGCUAGAAGAUCCCAAAACCAGUUUCAAACACGCGUAUCCUUCGACCGAACCCAUACCCAACUACAUCCCUUCAUCGACUCAGGAAACCUAUAGCGCUUCCCCAGAGUACCCGAAGGUCUUCUCUCUUGCCCCGACCACCUACUCCCCAAAAUAUGCCAUGUCCCCAACUCCUGAUACCUUCGAUUUUCCGCAUAUGAGCGAAGCUCCCAAGUCCUUUUCCAAAUACAGCGAACCUACUCCAUCAACCAAGGUCUACGGUACCAUCGUCCCAUCCGAGUCACCAUUCAAGACCCUCAGUACCAAGAUCUACAUGAAACCUUCGCCAACCGAGCUUUCCUACCCCGAACACAAGGACACCUCCAUGAAACCCUUCCAAAAUCGCACAACCUCCGUCGAGUUUUCCCCAUCUCCCACCGAGGAAGCUCAAUCUGAAUACUAUACCAAUCCGGAGCAUACCACGUAUUACGUGUUUGCAAACGGCACAGAAAUCAAGCUCGGUAAUGACCCUUCCAAAAUCCCGUCGGAGUAUCGAGUCACGCCAGGAGAUGCUUCUUACUUCAGUUCCAACUAUUCAACGAAGUUGGCCGAAGACUAUGCAAUGAAGUUCAACUGGGACAGUAUUCCAUCGUCCACGCGGGAUGGUGACUUCUUCGUCAGCCCGGAGACAGCCGUCAAGGAAGGGAAAAUGAAGUCAAAAAAGCCAAUGAAACCACCGGUGAUGUACUCCAAAAAACCGAUCAAGACUGUCACCAUCUAUCGGAACACGCACCGUUCGGCUGACGAUACGGAGAUGGAGGGUGGAUUUGAGCCCUCCGAUCACUACUUCAAACAUUCGGGAGCUGUUCCUCAGAUCAGCGAUAAGCGGGGUGAAGUUACGGAUGAUGAUGAAGAUUUCUUCUUCGCCAAUGGAGAGGUGAUUUUGCAGGACGACCCGAGCAAGGCGUCCAAGAAAAAUGCAAUCUUCCUUCCACCUGGUUUGAAUAAUCCCGGGCAGAUGAUGCUAAAGCUAGCUCAGCAACAACAACUGCAACAACAACAACAACUGCAGCAACAACAACUGCAACAGCAACAUGUGCAACAACAACAACAACAACAACAACAACAACAACAACAGAAGCAGCAACAGCAGUUGCCUUUACAGCAGCAGCCACUACAGCAGCAGCCACUACAGCAACAGCAUCAGUUGCAGGAUCAGCAGGUCCCGGAUAUGGACAUGAGUGGUGAACCUUCGAAGAAACAUCAGUACUUUGUGCUGUAUCACAUUGAAGAUAACAAGAAAAAGCCUAGACCGCAACCACCGGCAACCACUCAAGCGCCAACCCCACCACCAAUCAAACAGGAGAUUCACUAUCACUACAGUGAGAAGGAAACUGAAGAACCGGAGGUCACCCACGAGCACUACAACUAUCACCACGAAGAAACGAUUGAGGAUUUGGAUGACGAUGUCCAGCAUCACUACAUCAACCCCAAUGCCGGCAAGUUCAACUACCGACCGAACACUGCUCAUCCGUCGUACAAGUUCAAGGAUAGUGCGGGAUCGGGUAGCGAGACGUCGGUGAGAGUAGUUGAUCCGAACUCCAAACACGGUCGACCCAUGGAGAUUACCAAGCAGGAAUACAUGCGGCAUGUCCAGAAUGCUGUCCUCAAGUAUAUGAAGCAGUUGCAAGAUGAAGGACGGUUACCGGUGGUGGGACAAGACUCGGAUGAUACUCAGAAGACGUUUGAAGAAGUGGAUAUUCAGGCGCUUCUAAAUGGAAACAAUGCACAGCACAAGUUUCAGUUGAAUCCAACUCCAACCAAGUUCACCAAUCUGCCAAUGAACCCAAGUCAGUAUAAACCGAUGAAGACGGUUCAAAGCUCUAGCUCGUACAGACCAGCGUCCAACCUGAAGAUGCCAAAGAAUACGUACACUGCAGGUAAGCCGUUGAAGUCUGCGAUCGAAAGUCUUCAGGAACAGCUCGGAAACAGCGUGGACUUGACGGUGAAGGGAACUAAAGCUCCAUAUAAACCGGAUCUUUCAGCGAUCGAUGUAGGUCAAUCAUAUCUUCACUACGAUCCACCUGCUCCGGUCAAGAGUUCUGUAUCGAAUUUCGGUAAUCCAUCCGUAGUGCAGAUUCCGGCUCAGAAAACGAAGCUGCAAUUUAAUCAACAGACGUAUCACGACAUCAACUCCCUGACGAACCUGAAGGAAAGUCAGAAUUUGAAAACUUCUUCUCCGUAUUCGUCUUUCAAGGGAGGUUCGGCCAAUGUGGGUGCCUCCAUCAGCUUCGGUGGUGCCAACAAGGUAUCCACGAGCCACAACGAUGACGCCAAGCUUGGGCCAGAAGCCCUGGAUGCACCGAUACAGAUCAUCAACGGUAUCCCGAUCACAAAUCCCUAUAAUAUCGAUAUGAAUACGCUGAGGUACAUGUUGGGAGGUAUAGCUCAGGCUCAGGCUGAACAUCAACAACAGCAGGUCAAGCCACAAGAACCGUCCAUCAAGCUGAAGGGUUCCAACUGGAUGUCGCUUCCGACGAUGACCACUGCGGCCCAGAUUUUCAACUCCCCCAUGCAAACCUUCCAUCAUGGACCAUCUGAAGCGAGCAACUACAAAUAUAAUGCCAACUUCGACAGCAGUAACUUCAAGAUCAAGGUUCCACAAAAGCAUAAGGACUUCAAGUCAAAACCCGUGGGAAUAGACUCGAUCGGCAGUACUUCGAUGAACUACGCCUCUUGGGGUGAACCUCCGCGGCAGAACCGACAGCUUGGUAACCAACUACUACAACAACAGCAGCAGCAACAACAACAGCAGCAGCACCAACACCAACAUCACCACCAUCAUUCGCAACCACUGCAACAGCAACACCAUCAGCAGCAGCACCAGCUGAGUCGACCUAACCGUGAGUUCAAUCCGGAGCUGUUCCUGAAUCCACAAGGUCAAUUUAUGAGCCCGGUAAUGAAGAAGAAAAACGGACCGGUCGAUCGGAAAAGCACACACAGCAAACCAACGCUAGUGACCAAGCCGAAGAAGAGCAGCUUGGACACGAAUCUGCGACCACCGCCAGCGGGAUAAGAGAGGCGGAAAUGACGGAGGGAGGUUUUAGGGCUUCGGAAACAGUUCUGGUGGUGAGUGGAACUGAAGGGUGUGCGAUAUUGAGUUUUGAGAUCCGUUUGUAAGUGAUCUGUAAACUUGUAGAUAGGACAGUUAGGAUUAUUUAUUUAGUAGUGAGUAGUGAUUCCUAAGCUUGCUUCUCGCGUA